UAUGUAACGACACACGUUUGUAUCCAUCUCUUCACUAAUGCUGCUUGAUAUGCUACAUCCUACUGUGAAUGCUAAAAACAAUGCAACUUCCGGUUCCGGAAGCUACUACCCUCGAUAUUUGUCCGUGGGGGAACAAUACAUCAGUGGACUAAAGUUCCGGUUUCAUUUGUAUAUUGAUUAUUCUCACAAUACAAACAAAUGUAACGAGCCCUGAAUUAUGGGUUUUCUUUGAGACGUAGGAGCUGAGUUGAGGCUUAACAAUGAUGUGACAGAAAUACUCACUAAUAACUUUGGACAUAAUUGUGUAAAUAAUAAUGAGAUAACUAUUCUGGGGUUUUUUGGUUUCAAUUAGAACUAAAAAACAAACGGUUAAAACGUACCGUGGUCCUAUUUAGUUUUUGUUUUGUGUUUACAAAUUCAGACUGGACCAACAUAUGGAAGAAAAAUGAUGACUGGUUACCUGGCCUCAAAAGGAAUCCGAGCAUCAGAGGGGCGUGUUGGUCGUGUCCUCAGAGAAACUAACCAGCCAUAUCAUGCAGAUCGGUAUCGUAGAUAAAGGAAUUUAAAUCCAGUGCCAUACAGUGCAGAGUACAUGGGUCACAAAUUGCACAUUGACCAAAACGAGAAACUGGUGAUGUAUGGGGUGACCCACGUCCUUGCCGUGGACGGAUUCUCCAGCAACAUUAAUCAUAUUAUAGAAAGGAUGUGGCCAGAGGUAAACAACAGGGUAAACUACCCUCUGAAAGGCGCACUCAACCACCUUGUUGACCAGGAGGAACUAAACCUCGAAGACAACAUCACACGAUAUUGUGUGUCCACUCUUACCUGUCAGGUAGCCAAAAUUGGACUUGACCAGAUGGUGCAGUCCUGGCAUGCACACAGAAUCCAAGGUAAGGGUAUCCCAGAUCAACUUGCUCAUGGUGGGUGCCCAAAGAGACUGCCUGCAGAUCUUUUGCCUGAAGCUACAGAUGCUGCAGACGGCUAUCAUCAGGAAGUGGGGUCCUCUCUGACACGAGUGUCGCUGUUUGGGAGAAACCCAUUUGCCACUGUGGAGCACCAGACAGCAGCUGAACAAGAAUUUGCAAGGAACUAUGCGGACAUUGCUGAACUCUUUGAGCGUGCCAUUCAUAACGAGCCAGCACCAUUCCAAAACGGGAUAAAGGAUCUCAUAGGCAUUGUAAGAAGAUAUGUGUAAAGGCAAGUGCAGGGAUCAGGAGCCAGUGUAUACGCAGGUUGCUGGACUGUCUGCAGCACUGGAUGCUUUAAGGGUCCUACCCUAAAGUGGACAGCAGUUCAGUCGUUUAUUGUUAUGUUUAUUGUUAAGUGCUGUGUGUUCAAA